AUGGCGAAAAAGAGGGUUGGUUCGUCGAUAAAGCGUAGUCGAACCAGAUCAGGUUGCGUUACUUGCCGAGAUCGACAUAUUAAAUGUGACGAACAACAACCAGUUUGUAGGAAUUGUAUCAAGUCCAAGAGGAAAUGUUAUAGAGGUAUUCGAUUGAACUUUACUCAAUACACGUUAUACAAUCCUAAUGAACGCUCUAGAAGAACAAGGCCGAGACAACCGCCCAAUCUUCAAUUCAGAAUUCUAGACCAGUCCAUCACCAUAGCAUCAUUGUACGAUAAAGGAAGGAGGAGCUAUAAGCCAUAUUUACAUUUACACACAGAGGAAGAUUUGAGAGAAUCAGACCUUCAGUUCCAACAGGAUAUGUAUAGCUUUUAUCCGUCCAGUUCUUCAGUACCGCUACAGGAUAUUCCUGGCCCAUCGAAUUAUCCUAACUUGUCUCUAUCUGCCAGACUGGGCGCUAACAGGAAUACAAUCAGUGAAAACUACCAAAUAAGUAAUCAGUUGUUACAAGAAAGUUAUUUCAAAAGUGGCCAAUCAUCAGGCUUCCAACUACCAAACCAAGAAUUUCAACCUAAUCAACUAACCCAACAGUCAUUAAUGUACUCCCAGCCGGUAAACACAUAUGGUUAUCCUCAGUCUAGCGUGUAUUUCAACCACCAACUCGUAUCCCAACCAUUUCCUAUUCAACAAGGAUCACAAUACCAGCAAUAUAGAAACCAGUUUGACCCGACAAGAUUUCACUAUGGAAACUUAUUGUACACCGGGGAGUCACUGAAUAAAAUGGAUUCCCUGGGGUAUAUACAUUUACUAGAGAUUGAAAGGUAUUACUGGCUUCUUGAUUUAACCAAUGACUUAGAUUUGUGGAAAUCAAUCAUUCCCAGUUUAUGCGUGAAAGCAGCUGAGCAGGACCAGGACUUAUUCUUAUUAGAUUGUCUCAUUAAUUGUUCAAACCAAAGGGACCUAUUGCUAGAAAAGUUGACCCAGGUACAGCUAGAAAAAUGGCACAAUUUCAGAUCUAUAGUCCCACUAUGUGAAACACAUUUGCCCUUACUCGAAACCUUAUUGGCUAGUGUAUGCUUGAUACUACUUAGCAUAUAUUUAAGGGUGCCACAGGAACAACUUACGGGAUAUCACAGGUCUGUCUUGAAUAAUCAAGUGAGAUUAUUCAACAAAGUUGUAACUAAAGCUGGGGAGUUGCUUAGAAAGAAGUCUGGAAAAACAGUUGUGGUUAUUGGUUGCAUUCAUUCUGUGUCUAUUCUAAAAUAUCUUCUUACCAGAAAGUACACUCUCGACAACAGGUUAAGCUUUGAUUCAAUCUUAAACCACGAUAGAGAUAGUUUCAAAAUCCCAAGAGACAGUUUGGAAGAUAUUGACGAAGAAAUUCAGUACCCCGAAAACAAUCCAUUAUCAUACCCUGUGGAUAUGUCAUCAUUUGUGAACUUGACCCAAUUUGAUAAGCACAACUUAAACAACUCGUUUAGCGAUUUUGACUUCCUCCAAUUGAAAUUUGCUUCGGACUCAAAGAAAGAAUACAAGAGCGAUGCUUUUAAGCUCAGGGAAUAUUUUUGGUAUCUUAUUAAAUUGACAUAUAUAAUGAACAACCCGGAAGCUGCUCAGGGGAUUGAAAUAGAUUAUAACUUCUUUUCCAAACACGAGAAUCCGGCUUCCUCCCAGGACGGAACACCCCAACCACAUAUCAAUUCAUUUAAUAUUCUUCCGAACUAUAACUUGCAAGAUACCUCACCAUUCAUAAAACCAUUGAGCGGGUCACACUCCCUGACAAAUGAUUUCCCCUUUUUGAGUGACAGACAUACUGUUUGUGCUAUCCUAACUGAGGUAAUAGCCAAGUUACUAAAUCAGGACAACCAAACCGCCAUUCAGAACUCCAAUUGUAAAAUCAGGAAUAUAUUUGACCAAAUUGACAGCAGUUUAAUAGAUCUGCAAACUAAGUUGCAAUGGAAAUGCUGUUUUGGGUGGGCUAUGCUUGGCGACAAUUCAAAUGUUUGAAUUUGAUUCUUAAAAGUGGGUCGGAUUAGUUGAAACUAUGUAUUAUAUUUGAUUAUUAUUUAUUCAUAAUUAGGUUACCCUUUAGAGUUAGACCUAAUAUAUUGCGGUAGGAAUAGCCUGUGCAUUUGUUUAUAGAUAUCAAUCCUACCCGCAACAUUAAAUAUAUCUGCUCAUGCUCUUGU